GAAUCCAAGUUUCAAGAGACUGGUGUGCUGACCCCUGAGGAGUUUGUGAUAGCUGGUGACCACCUGGUGCACCAUUGUCCUACUUGGCAGUGGAGCAAAGGGGAGGAGUCCAAGCUUAAACCCUAUUUGCCCCCCGACAAGCAGUUCCUUAUCACCAGAAAUGUGCCAUGUUAUAGGCGCUGCAAGCAGAUAGAGUACUGUGAGAACAAUGAAAAGGUGAUAGAAGAUGAGAACGAUGGGGACGGUGGCUGGGUGGACACACACCACUACGAGUCCCCUGGCUCACCUACUGUGGAGGAAAAGGUGUGUGACAUGACCCUGGAGGCAGCGGAGACCGGGGACAGUGACGGUGAGGAGGCGCCAGACAAUGAUGACGACGAUGAUGACGCAGACGAUGGGGAAGCUGAAGACAUGGAGAGCUUCCAGGCGUCUGGCUUGCUGGACGAAGUGGACCCAUCGACAGCGCUGACGCAGCGCAAGGAGCCCAAGGCGAAGGAGCGCAAGCCGAAGGCGGACGGCGACGAGAUCGUGCGCACGCGCACCUACGACCUGCACAUCACGUACGACAAGUACUACCAGACGCCGCGCCUCUGGCUCAUCGGCUACGACGAGGACCGGCGGCUGCUGGGCGCGGAGGCGCUGUACGAGGACAUCUCGGCGGAGCACGCGCGCAAGACCGUUACCAUGGAGGCGCACCCGCACCUGGCGGGGCCCGGCAUGGUCUCCGUGCACCCCUGCAGGCACGCAGAGGUGAUGAAGAAGAUACUGGAGACGGUGUCGGAGAGCGGCGGCCACCUGUACGUGCACUCCUACCUCAUCGUGUUCCUGAAGUUCGUGCAGACCGUCAUCCCCACCGUGGAGUACGACUUCACGCAGAACGUCUCCAUGUAACAGCGCAGUGCAACAGUUGAUCACACCUGGCUUUUGUCGUGGCGCUCUACCGUAUCCAGCGUUGAAAACUUAGUCUGCAGUCAAUUUACUGAUUCAACAGUUGAUAGCACCUGGCUUCUGUCUAUCUACUGAUGCAACAGUUGAUAACACCUGGCUUCUGUCUAUCUACUGAUUCAACAGUUGAUCACACCUGGCUUCUGUCUAUCUACUGAUUCAACAGUUGAUCACACAUGACUUCUGUCAAUCUACUGAUUCAAUAGUUGAUAACACCUGGCUUCUGUCUAUCUACUGAUUCAACAGUUGAUCACACCUGGCUUCUGUCUAUCUACUGAUUCAACAGUUGAUCACACCUGGCUUCUGUCUAUCUACUGAUUCAAUAGUUGAUGACACCUGGCUUUUGUUAUGUCGCUCUAUCGUAUCCAGCGUUGAAAACCGUUGAAAUUGUUUGUUUGUGUGUUUUGAAUCGGCUCUAAAACUAUUGAACCGAUUUGAAAAAUUCUUUCACUGUUGGGAAGCUACACCAUCCCCGUAUUCCUACGGGAAUCAGAAUCAUGCGAGCGAAACUGCGUGGCGUCUGCUAGUGUUAUAAGUAUAUAAAGUGGGGGCGUGACGACAUUUGCUUGAAUUUAAUAUAUCCCUGAAUGCCUAAUUAUUUUGGCCAAAGCCGGGGAAAGCCUUUUUAAGGGCAGAAAAUAGUACAUAGCAUAUUGCAGUUAACUUCGUUUCAAUAAAUAAUAAUUAGAUUGAUUCGAAUUUAAUGGAUAAUAAAUCAAAGAUUUUGCAUUUUGAUAUAAAUACACAAAGUAAAAUUCCUGGCAAAUAACUGAUGGUUAAUGAGCUUAAUUGAAAAUGAGUCACAGACUGCCAAAAUAUUUAUUUUAUUUGUUAAUGAACUUGUAAACCAACUUUUGUUAGAAAUAUAACAACAAAUUAUUCAAAGGAUGCAUAUUAUAUAGACCUACGAAUUAUUUGCCAGAAACUUUACUCGAUAUUUGAUUUAAUAGUAAUAAGUUUACUUUUUGCCACUGGUUUUCCAAAUAUCUUUUAUUUUUAAUUUAUAAAAAAAGCUUAUAAUUGGCAAAAUAUAUUGGCACUGAAACAAACUUAUAUAUGUAGAUCUUUAGCAACUUUUUACAUUUCUAGUUUAAUUAUGCGAAGCCAGUUGAUUGGUAAUAUAUUGCAAUUUAAUCGAAAUGGGCAUAGCCCUUUUUACUAUGUCAGUUGGUCUCGUGGAGAAAAUAGUGCCAUAAUGGUAGCUCUGAUAAAUUGAAGACUUAUGAUAUCAUCUGAUAAGUGGCUUUUCAAUAUAUUUAUUUUUAUUUAUUUAUUAUUCUACAAAAUACAUAUUUAAAAUAAGCCUAACCAUGCUGAAACCACAAUUGGUUUUACUGUGCACUGGCUAUUAUUACAUAAACAUUUUAGAAUUUAAAUUAUACAUUAUUAAAAAAAUAAACAAUAGUUUAAAGUAAGAACCGAAGUGCAACUAGUAUACAAUAAUGCUUAGCUUUAUUGCGUUAGUCAUGAUAUUAUUAUUUGUUUUUAAUCUCUAUGUAAUUUAAAUAUAAAUAAGCAAUGAAAUUGAUCCAUUCAUACUGAGUUGUAACUACGCCAAAAAAGGAAUCUUAUUUUAAGUUAAAUUUCUUAUAAAUCUUAAUUUUGGUUGCACAAAUUAUUCAUCUAUUAUAAAUGAAUAAUAUACAUAAAAAGACAAGUAUGGUCUAUUGAGAAUGUCUACACAAACAUUCCUUGUUUUAAGAUUUAUUUCACGUCUUAAGUGUCUACACGCUUCCGAAUAUGAAAAGCUAGUGUAAAGAGGGCUUAAGACGCGCAAUUUUAUUUGAUCUAAUUAAUAUACUCAAAGGCACAAUUAUCUGCCUACUUUAAUAUAUUCGCUCACUUCACUCACACUACCUACUUAAUUGCACACACAUAAACAGAACAGAAAAAACUAUCUAACAUAGUGCUAUAUAAAUUCAAAUAAACAAACGAUAGCGCGAGUCACACUAUUUAUACCGCCAUCUGUCGAGAACUGUUGAAACUACGCGAACACGCGUCAUAUUAAAGAGGGCGGAUAAUUGUGCCUCUGAGUAUAGAUAUAAUUAUUUUGAUUGCUUUAUGAUCUUUGUAAUACUCUUUUAUACUUAUGUAAAUAUUAUAAUAUUAUAGUAAGAAAAUGAUAUAGUAGCUCAAUUUUAUUAUAUCUUAUAAUUGCAAUUUUCUCUCAUAAAUUGUGCAUAUAUUGCUAUAAAUUAAGUUUGUUAUACUUGCAAAUGCAUAUCGUUAUUAGUUUGUGUAUGGAAAUAAAAUAUUUUGCUGCUAAA